GCUGCUGACCGCAAGGGUCUUCCGCUAACCUCGACUCUGUUUCUUUUUACCUCCAUCUUGCUCCCUUGCUUCCCAAGCAGACGUUGUUAGAGCCAUCACCCCGGCAAUGGUCCUCUUUGUGGAGCUGGUCCCGGUACUCCUAACCAUAAAGAGCUUCCUGAGUCCCCGAGGAGUAGGGGCCAUCGAGGCCGACCACCUGGGCUCCUAUGGCCCCGCCUUCUACCAGUCUUACGACGCCUCUGGACAGUUCACACACGAAUUUGACGGGGAACAAAUUUUCUCUGUGGAUCUGAAGAACGAGGAGGUCGUGUGGCGUCUGCCUGAGUUUGGAGACUUCGCCCACUCGGAUUUUCAGAGUGGGCUGAUGAGCAUCUCCAUGAUCGGCGCUCAUCUGGACAUCUUGGUGGAACGCUCCAACCGAACCAGAGCCGUCAGCGUGCCUCCCAGGGUGACCGUACUCCCCAAGUCUCAUGUGGAGCUCGGAAAGCCCAACGUCCUCAUCUGCAUUGUGGAGGAUAUCUUCCCGCCUGUGAUCAAUGUCACCUGGCUGCGCAACAGCCAGCCCAUCACUAAGGGAGUGGUCCAGACCAGCUUCUACUCUCAGCCUAACCACAAGUUCCGGAAGUUCCACUACCUGACCUUCGUGCCCUCUGCGGAGGAUGUGUACGACUGCAAGGUGGAGCACUGGGGCCUGGAUACACCGCUCCUCCAGCACUGGGAGCCCCAGUUGCUUACCCCACCACCGGACACCGUAGAGACCCUGAUCUGUGGCCUGGGCCUGGUUCUCGGCCUUAUGGGCUGCCUCCUGGGCACCGUGCUCAUGAUCACAGGCACACGCAUGCCCAGUAUCCGCAGGUAACUUCUCUUCUGAGAAACCCUUGAGAGAUGAUUCCUGGCAGACUUCUGAAAGCUUCUGCAUGCUCAGCGGCAGCCUGUGACAGUGUUGACCUCGAGUGGCAUCAACCUCUGAUCUACAGAUCCCUCAUUUUCUGAUCACCAAAUCCCAGUAGAACAUUGUGGGCGCAGUCUACUGCCCUGGUACCCCACUUCACUCACAGCUCCGGCGCCAUCCACAGCUCUGGCAGCCAUACUAAAUCCUCUUAAGAG